AUGAAAAAGUCCGAAAAGGAUUCACGGGAAAAGGAGUUAGAGUUACGGGACGAAAUUACAGAUAUAAAAUGUCGAAGCAUGAGGGACAACUUGUUGUUUUUCAAUUUGCCUGAAGAAAAAGAUGAAAACUGCGAGCAGAAAGUUCUUAACUUUAUUGAAAAGGAGAUGAAAAUAUUGGCCGCAAUAGAAAAUAUAAAACUGCAUCGAGCUCAUAGACUUGGCGUGUACAGAAGCACCAAAGUUCGCCCAAUUGUUGCCAAAUUUGCAUAUUUUCCGGACCGAGAAAGAGUUAGAGCUUCCGCAAAAACCUUAUCAGGUACGCAAUUUGGUGUCGCAGAGCAAUUUCCUAGGGAGAUUAUGGAAACAAGGCGAAAACUGGUACCAAUCAUGAAAAAGGCCCGUGAUGAAGGAAAAGAGGCGUAUAUUAAAGUAGAUAAAUUGUACAUUAAUAAGCAGCUAUACCGUGGACAUGAUUAG